CCAUUGAAGCACGAGGUUUCAAUCUAUUUUAAUUGCAGCUUCUUUGAACACAGUGUGUCUGUGGAGAGCAGAGCUCAGCUGAGUGAGUCAUAUUGUAGGAUGAGAGUAGCCAAGAGUUACAAAGACGAUGGCCCACCAAGGAGUAGAAUAAUGGAGGAAGGAGGAGACUCAACAAGAUGCAAUUUGCCAGUGAAAUGAAAGAAAAGGUGGAAAAGAACAUUUUUAUUUAAAGCAGCAGGGUAGAAAAGUUUUCACAAAAAGAGGGGAUGGGCUAUUUUUUUUGCAUGGGCUUUAAAAUGUUAAUAUCUGUGAAGUUGUUGAGAAUCAAUGAGAUGGUGGUGAUUCUAAAAAGUUUUCUCUGCUCAUAAAAACACAACCUCCUGAAGAUCUUGACUCUGAAAGGUUUAACAGAGGGAAAGAACAGGAGGUGAAAGAGGGAUAGAAAAACAGCAGCAAAGAGAUGAGGGGGAGGCAUUUGCCAUGAAGUCAUUUAUAGAAAAAUCUAUUCUAUCACUUCAGUGCAGAGUUUGUGAUAUGUGUUCGAGCCAUGUGACCACAGCCUCUUCUUGUCUUUUGCUUGCAUGUGCACUGAUUGGCGUCCUUGAGGUAACGUUUAUCCUCAUUUGUCUUUCAAUUGUCCUGUGACCUCCGAGCUUUUCAGAUUUUGGACCUUCAGGCAAUUCAAAGCCCAAUCACUGAUAUAAUCAAUCACUGAAUUACUAUCAUCACUGCUGCUGCACCCUUGAGCAGCUGAAAAGAAACCGUUAGUCAGGGUUCUUAUUUCUUUUCAACAGGGUUACAAAGGCUGCAACAUUAAAUUCUGGACAAUGUGAAAAUACAUACAUCUACAUAACUUAGGGACCAUCUGGGAUAUAUUAGAGCAUAGUACUAAAAGGGGGGGAACCUUGUAAAUCAAAGCAAAGAUUUGCUCUUGACCCUAUAAAAUGUUAACCAGGCCUAGUCUUGAUUUUCAAUCAGAUCAACUGCUGCUUCUUUCAUAAAACUGUGCUGUAAUAAUUCAAAUGUAUGACUUUGUAAAAUCUGCACGAACAUAGGUUAAAGGUGAAAUAGUUAAGAUUUCAAUCUGGGUUGUUUUGGGUGCAUUGUCCAGCCCUCGGACUGACAUCACACCCAAAUAACCCGAGUUGAUAGUGUUCCAGUUGAACAGGAACAUUGUUUACAUCAGCCAGCUACCCAUGUUAGAAAAAACAGUUCAUAAUAUCGCAUUACGCUGCAUUUCACACAUGCUAACACCAUAGCACAUAUAAUGACAGAAGUGCUAAUAAACAGUAAAAACUACAGCUUUCACUGACGAACCAAGGGGCCCUCUGGGGGUGGAGAGGUUCUUUAACCCUCCGAGUUGAAAUUCCGACUUGAGGGAGCAUUCCAGCUGCAACUUCUGGUUUAAUGGAACGUGGCUAUGAUACUACAGCAAAAACAUCUGCAUCAAAAAUCAAAACAGCGAUUGUUUCAAUAAAGAGGUCAAGCAAUAAAUUUCCCAUCUUGUCAGGAAUGGUCAUGAUCUGUCAUCACGCUGCACAAAUGUUUUCCCACAAGACAUUUAUUGUGUGCUUGACAGCUACCAUUUGUUUUUUGUUUUAGCCUCGUUUCAUUAUUCCCGUGUCAAAAUGCUGAAAAUGCCAAAUACAACCGCUGUGACAAAUGCACCACAUUUCCUGUUGCAGCCUCGUAAUUAAAGCCAGCAUGUGUUUUGCUUGGAGGAUUUGAAUGUGAAACAGAUGCAUUAGAAGAUGUUGCUUUACGUUGUGUAAUUGAAACAGCAGAAGGUUGAUGUUGUUACCGUGCUGGAUCUACAUGCAUGCCUCGGUUUGUUUUUUGUAUGUGCAGGUGAAUUAUGCCAUCCAACAAUAAAACCUGACAUAUAUGUGAUGUAAAGAAACAAUCUGGUCUGAUCUCAUGAAGAUAUGAGGAUUAUAUAACAUGCAAUAUGAUACUUUAAAUGCCUGUCAUUUCUUUCUUUCUCCAACAGUAAAUCUUGCAACAAAAAUAUUGAGAUGUUAAUCUGAAGCACGAGAACCCACUCCUCCCUCCCAAUUCCCAUCAGCCCACCUACCCCACAAAUCAUUUUCAGACAGCCCCUUGAAAGCAGCAAAUCCUAAUCAAGUGUCUCAGGGAGUGUCACAGACUCCACAUAAACAGAGUCACUCUGCAGGCCUUUCAUUAAUGUUGAAAACAACACCAUCUGUUGCAAUACAUUUGAUUUUGUCCAAAAGAGGAAUGCUGAUAAUUGGUGUUUGAAGAAACAGCAGUCAUGACACUCAGCUAUAAAUCAACAAUUUAAACUAAAAGACAGCAUUGAAACAUGUCUCGUUGGAGAAGGAAUGGAGGAAGGUGUGUGCAAGUGUGGUGCUCGAGAGGCACCUGCUGUAUUUCUGAGAAUGAGUAAUGUUUCCAGUGUUUCUCAAGAGGACUUCUUGGAUGUUACAGCUCGGUUGUUCAGCUCAAAGACGCCUCUCUCAUGUUUCUGUCCUCCAGGCUGAAGAUGGUGUGUCAACAAUGGCUGUUCGUGGCAGUGAUGGCGUACGUGUGCAUCCCAGGGUUUGGGUCCGUGUGUCUGAACAGCUCCCUCUGCAACAACCUGAGCAAUGAGCGACGGAUCCAGAACUGUGUUCGCCUCUGCAUACAGAAGAUCCAGGCAGAAAUGCCGCAGCUCAAUAAAUUGGCCCUGAAGAUAGACGACGAAAAUGACAUCUUACUCAGCAUCAUUCUGGCCAUUCUGGCCUCGGCCAAAGACAAGGUACCAGAGUCGGGCCUGAAACCCCACGGCAACGAGCGGCGCUCCUAUUCGAUGGAGCAUUUCCGUUGGGGGAAACCAACUGGCCGCAAACGCCGGCCCAUCAAAGUCUUCAUGUCGUCUCUGGAGGGAGGGGGCUCCUCUGAGGGCGGCUUCCACGCUCAGGUUCGCAGGCAGGUGGGUGGUACCAAGGACGAGACAAGGGGCGACCAGAACCAACAGAACCAGGGAAUGCAGCAGGCAAGGGUCAAGCCUCAAGUCCCAUUGCGCCCGCAGGACAGAAAAGUUGGGAGCUAUCGCAUGAGCCACUUCAGAUGGGGCAACCCACCCACCUCGAAACGUAACGGCAGCCUUGUGAAGCCGCUGGAGGAGAAAUCUAGAGCGCAGCUAGCUAACCUCUUGAGGAAUAUUCUACACAAGGAUGUGCAGAGGAUAAUGGCAUGAACGAAGCAGAAAGGCAGGGGGAGGCUGAACAAGUCCAAUAGUCGUUGCAUGUUAUGACCCACAGAUAUGAAUUCAUUUGAGUUACAGUUUUUGAUUGUGUUUUCUGAGCCAAAGGUUUGUUUAAUUUAAUCUUGUUAAAAAUAACUUGUGGGUUUUAUGUUGAAUAAAAAACCUGUGAUGCAGCCGCUGACCACUUUGACCUUGACUGGAAGGCUUUCUGAUGAGUUGUAUUUGUUUAUCUCUUUGUGGUUGGAGGUGUUACUGAUUCAAUGUUAUGAAAAAGAAACUAAAGGUGAAUGUGGAAGAAAAGUUUAGUUACAGAGUGGUAUGAUUUUUGUAAAUUGAUUAUAACAUUAAAGAUCAUUGUGUUCGUGGC